AUGACUGCCAAAAUCAAGCUGUAUACCAACCACGGCUGCCCUUGGGCCCACCGUGCUCAUAUUGCACUGGCAGAGCUGAAAAUCCCAUUUGAAGAGGAAAUCAUUGACUUGAGUGUUCCUCGUACGCCGGAGUACCUGGCAAUCAACCCUCGUGGCCUCGUUCCUAGCCUUUCCUACAAUGGCCAGAUUAUUACAGAGUCUGCUAUUGUCGCUCAGUUCCUAGCCGAUGCCUAUCCGUCCCACCUGGUCCCGAAUGGAGGUACUCCUGAGGCGGCUCUUACUCGCGCCAGAAUAAACUUCUUUGUCGAUACCUUUUUUAGCAAGGUCAAUUCUCUUUAUCACAAAGCGCUUUUCGCCAAGACAGAUGAAGAGGCCGAGGAGGCUGCUGCGGAAUUUGUGAAGCAGCUUGAGAAGGAGGUUGAGCCGCUGUUAAGCGACGCAGCCCCGUAUUUUGGAGGAAGUAAGACAUUGACGUUGGCUGAGGUCCUCACCGGAUCUUUCAUUCUACGAUUGCUCUCUCUGCCAAAGAAUGGUGUUGGGCCAGAGAGUUUGAUCAAAGAACUGCCUACCAAGACACCCAACUUUUAUAAAUGGGCAACUACAGUGAUUGAACAUCCCAGUGUGAAUGGAAUAUGGAACGAGGAAAAGGUUGUGGCUGGCACCAAGGCCCGCCUUGCAAAGUUGAAGGCAUAA